AUGGGGUACGUGUUGAGGGUAAGAUUGGCUUCUUUCUUCACUGGAGCUGCGACUGCGUCUUUUAUCGGCUUCGCUGUUCUCUAUAAGGAUUACAAAGUCGCUCACGAAUCGAUUUCUCAGCAGGCAAAGGCUUUUCAUGACUCUCUGGAUAGAAGGAUCUCCACUCUUGAAAGCUUGAAACAAAGUGAAGCUCCUCAGCUUGCUGAGACAACUGAUUAGCAUCUGUCUCGACAUUGAUACUCAUGUUUUUGAGGUUCGUUCUUUUUUCGCUUUUAUGAAUAACUUGGAAGUUAUUGUAUGACUGCUGUUAUAAAACGAUGAAGUUGAAGUAGUCUACAUGGAUUGAAACUUGCUGUAACACUUGCCUUGAAAAUUUUAUGUUUCGAUAUAUUCUUUUGGAUCUUAAACCAUUAGUCUUGUUCUUCAGACACAUUCGCUUUUUAUCUAGA